UUCCCGCUGUCUGUAGCCGCUAGUACGUGCUGUGACGUGCCUAAGGUAUAAAACCGGUCCCCUCGACCGCUUCACUCAGUUCUCUUGUUUCGACGAUAACGCGCCUGCUAGAUUCAUUCCGAAUCGCGUUCUUUCCUGCUACAAGCUACAAACAAAUAAGGAAAAAAUAAAUAGAGAUGGGUCUGACGUUGUACUAUGCCGACAAGAGUCCCGCAGUGAGGGGUACUUUGCUGCUGAUCAAGGCCCUCGGUUUGGAGGUGGAAUUCAAGCCGGUGGACUUGAAUGCUGGGGAACAAUAUUCGCCUGAAUUUCUGGCGAUGAACCCGUUCCAUUCGGUGCCGACCUUGAAGGAUGGCGAUUUCAUCAUUUGGGACAGCCAGGCGAUCAAUAUUUAUCUGGGCGAAAAAUACGGCAACAACUCCCCCCUGUAUCCCAAUUGUCCCCAGAAGAGGGCCGUCAUCAACCAAAGGUUGUUCUACAACUGUGGAAUCCUUUUCCCAGCCAUGGGCGCCAUUGUCGUUUCUCUGCUCAGAGAGGGCGCCAAAAGUAUCGCCAAGGACAAGGCCGCCAACCUCACCGAAGCUUACAAAUCCCUGGAAACCCUUCUGGAACGCUCCACAUACGUGGCAGGUGACACUCUCACCUUGGCCGAUCUGAGCAUCGUCGCCACCCUCACGUCGGCGAAACCGCUGGUGCCGAUCGCCGACAAUCGGUUCCCGAAGAUUGCCGAAUGGCUGACUCGCGUGCAGGCGCUGCCGUACUACGAGGAGGCCAAUCAGGUGGGCCUUCGCAAGUUCGAGGAAUGGAUCAAGAGCAUGCUGGCCUAAGAAGCUUUGUGUUGAGCGUGUUCGUUGGUUUAUUUAUUACGAUGUAAGGCUAAGUGGCGGCAUAGUUUUCUUGUACACCAUCAGGGUAUUUCAAAUACAAUCAUUUGCUUUCAUUUUUCAUUAGAGGUAUUUGAUAGUGUGAUUAUUUUCUGUUCUGACUUUUUUGUAUAACAUCAUUUAUUAUUAAAUCACCAUUAUUAUUAUUAGUAUCAUUAGUCUACCACCUACUCGAACAGAUUAAAAGCGCAUUUAUACAUCAAAUGAUAUAGAAUAAUAAAGGAUAACAUUAAAUGAAAGGAACCAGAAAAAGUAUACAGGGUGAAUCUGAAAGUGAGGUUCAUUUUCAAACAGUAUUUAUAUCUCAUGAAAACAAGUUGUUUGACAAAAAAAUUUCACAUAAAAUAUUCAAG